AUGACGAAACGUCGUCCAAGCAACAAGAAGCCCGUCGGCAUGAACAAGUCGCUGGGGAACGCGCUGAUGAACGAGCGUGACCGGAAUCGCAAGUUACACCAGAAGGGCAAAUACGACGAGGGCGACAUCGAGAAUGCAGCUUUUUUGGAGGAAGAAGAGCAAAAGGUGAUCGACUCGAUCAUUGACGAGAGUGGACUGGAAGAGUUCUUGGCCAAGGCCCAGCUUGCAGGCACAGAGUUUUCGGCCGAUCGAGAAAACGUGCGGAUCAUCAGCCAAAACAAGAGUGUGAUCGUGCCGUCAAAGAACGAUUUCCUCAACAACCUCGAAUUGCAACGGCAAUAUGAGGAUAAGCUGAGGAUCCCCCGCCGUCCACCACGUGACCAAUGGGAGACAACAGAGGAACUGUCGGCGCUGGAAAAUCAAGUGUUCCUAAAGUGGCGCGAGGAUUUGGCGAUGCUGCAAGAUGUGGAUGGCCUAACACUGACACCUUUCGAGCGCAACCCCGAGAUGUGGAAAGAAUUGUGGCGAGUGGUGGAACGGAGCGAUUUGGUUGUUCAGAUCGUUGAUGCUCGAAAUCCGCUGCUGUUCCGCAGUAAGGAUCUGGAAUCUUAUGUGAAGGAAGUGGACCCGGCUAAGAAGAAUGUCUUGCUGGUCAACAAAUCUGAUCUUCUGCCGGAAGAACACGUGCAGGAAUGGGCCGAUUAUUUCCGCGACAAUGACAUCGACGCUAUAUUUUGGUCGGCCACCGAUGAGGCUGAGGAGGCACACUCCUCCGGGGAUGAGCAAGAGCCCACGAGUAGUAGCAGUGCAAACGACCAAGUGUGCUUCUUCAAGAAUAAGGACGACUUGCUUGCUCACUUCAAAAGCAUCGGUCACUUGCAAGGCUACAGUGGAGGCAAGCAGUUUGUGGUCGGAAUGGUCGGCUACCCCAACGUCGGCAAGAGUUCAACGAUCAACAAGUUGGUGGGCACGAAAAAGGUCUCUGUGUCGGCAACACCUGGCAAGACGCGUCAUUUCCAGACGAUCCAUAUCGACAAAGAGUUAUGCCUUUGCGAUUGCCCGGGCCUGGUCAUGCCCUCUUUUUCCUUCGGCAGAAAUGAGAUGUUUUUGAACGGAAUUAUGCCGGUCGACCAGAUGAGGGAUCACUUUGCGCCGACUUCACUUCUACUUUCCCGCGUGCCAUUCGAAUACUUUGAGAAGAAGUACUCCAUGCUACUACCUGCCCGCGAAAAGCCCUCGCCAUAUGACCUUCUAACGACGCUCGCGUUCAAUCGAGGAUUCAUGUCGGCGUCGGGGAUUCCAGAUUGCUCAAGGGCCGGCCGAUUACUGCUGAAGGACGUGGUGAGCGGGAAGAUCUUGUGGGUAGCCGCCCCACCCGGCACCGAGCAGGAGGAAUUCGACAAGGUGCUUUACCCCACAACGGCCCGCGAUGAGAAGCAGCCCGGCGCGGUCCAGUUGCAAGAAAUGGAAAAGCGCGGCCUUUUGGAAGGUGACAAUGCCGUUGAUCGUAAGCUGGAUAGCGGCUUCUUCACCGUUGAAGGCGGACAUGCGCAUGUCAGAAGUGCGAGGAGUUUGAACGCGGACAAUACUACACCAACCACAACAGCCGUGCCAUCAUUGGCUGGCGAGAAGGGGACGAAACACCACAACAAUCGCAAUAGAAAGGAAAAGCUGAAGCGUGUUUUCGUGGGCACUUACGCC